UUGUACUGUGGAUAUUACAAUUUGGCAAUAAUGCGCGGCCGUGAUAAAUCUAGUGGCCGAGGCAGUUCGCGUGGUCGCGGUGUACCGCCUUUCUUACGCCUUGGUCGUGGAGUUCCGUUACAGUUCGUCCCCAAUGCUCCAAAGGCUGGGUUACCCUUCCCAGGCGGACCUCGUCCGCCGUAUCCUGAGGCUCCCGUUCAAAUUCGUCAGUCUCCUAGGUACAGGGGUUCUCCACGUUUAGUGCCUCAAAGGGGUAUUGGCACUUUUGGUCCGAAUGCGGUGCCUAUGCAUCCAGGGUUCGUUCCUAAUAUGGUUCCACCGAUGCCUCAACGUGCCACUCCGCUAUUUAGGGGUCCUCCAUUAAAGGUUUGUGAGCCACCCCAAGGUAAUACCGCUAUAUCAAAUAAUUCCGGUGUGCCUGAUUCUCGCAAGGUCUACAAUCGCGCUGUGGUACCACCUAGAGUUAAUAAUCGUUUCAGACCACUUUUCGUUAAGUCACAUAUCGAUCUUAUGCAUGAAUUUGAUAGUAAAAGGGGUGGACCUAGACCUGGUCACGUAUCUGAUACGACUAGGAACAUAAGGCCAUUGAGGGAUUUGGAUGUUAGACAUCGUCGUGUUAUUCGUGACUACGAUAAGAGGCGCUCAAGUCCUCGCGGGCCAGGUACAGACGCCGCUCAUAACAGACGUGUAGGAUCUUAUAAUCGUGGUAGUUCACCUGAUGUUUCAUCAGAUAGCCUACCAUCGGAGGAGAGUCCCCGUAGUGCCAGUCUUGAGUCUUUAAUUGACCAUUCUGAGAUUUUAAGUGACACUAGUGCCGUAUAUGAUGCGUUGGUAGUUAUCCGCGAGGCUUUAUCGGGUGUGAAGCUAGUGUUGCCUAGUAUAUUUCGCGUGCGUAACGGAUUUAAGCUACGGCCAGAUGAGGAGUCUAUGAUAUCGACUGUUGAGGAAGUAUUUCGUUAUCUUUUGUUUGUACAUGUUGCCAGUGCUCAUGAUGCGCAUCCUAUAUUUUCAGAGCAAAAGAAAAGUGUUCGGUCGAUAUCCAUGGUCACCCCCUUGAUACGUUUCGUCGGGGAUCGUUCCAACAUAUCGGUAGUGAACGUGGGUGACCUCGGUAAUACAUUGGAUUUGCGCCCACUGCGAUACAAUCCUAAUUGGUUCGUUGUAAAUUGGGAUGAGAGUAUCCAGGGUGGCGGAUCACCUGUUGCGGCACAUGGUAGUCCAUGUUACGUCAGGAGCUUUGGCAACGCUCCUGUUGACCGUAGCCACUGUGUCCUUUUACGCGGUAUCAGUGUAAAGGUGUUCGAAUCACUGCUUAAAGAAGUGAAUGUAAUGUGCAAAUCCGGCUCAACUUCAAGGCAGCGUGUAUUGCGUGCAUUGGGUUAUUAUGCCCUGUUUUGUGAAGAUGACAGCUUCAUCACUCUGGCCACUUCCGUUAUCAGUACCCUGGAUAUAGCUCUGCAGGUAGAGUUUUACCGUGAAAUAGCCCAGGUACUUGAUACAUCGCGUUAUAAUAUAGGCAGUUUUUAUAUGGAGCGCUAUUUAGAGCGCAUUUUACCCAUGUGUUUGGCGAUACCGAAUCCAGAUGCAUGGUCACCCAGUAUAAAGUCGAUAAUGCAGUCAGUGGACACCCUGCGCCUGGGUUCGCGCAGCUCCGGCAGUGUGGCUACGCUGCUGCGUAUGCUAAAGAGCUGGUGCAAUGUCUUUGUGUUUUGCGAGGAUAGUUGCAUGGCGGUCUUCAGUAAAUGUAUCCAGCUAGUAGUCCAAUCAGCCGAUGACUCCCGGAUAGUAGUUCGCGGCGCAGCCGCUGACCUCGCCGUACAGAUUUGGCUCAAUCCUCGUGGUAAGGAGGCGAUGCUCAAGCAUAUAGGUUACGAAACAGUGCGCAUCCUAGGCUGUGUAUCGGGGGUACAGUCAAUCAAGUUUAAUAUAUGGUCAGAUUUACUGUCACCGGACUCUGGAGGUACUUUACACCUCGAGAGGGCGCUAGCUCGUGGAGGUCAGCAUGACGCCGUAUACACGUCCCUGCAUAGUGAGGAGGCUAAGUUCCUAACUGCGAUGCUGGCUGCAGACCAUGAUGUAAUCCCAUAUCUCAUGGACUGGUACCUGCGUAAGUACUGCAAAGUUACGAAAACCGUGCUGGCACUGGAGAAAAUAGCUAUUAUUAUUAGGUUUGCUAUAACAGUCUAUCCCAGUAUUGAGCGCAGUGGCGUAUCUCACGCGAGUGCCAAUGUUGGUGUCUUCUGCUGCUGGAUGCUGGGCAUAGCCAUUGGCUGCAGUGUUGGCAGCGGGUGCCUGGAGCUGGCUAACGUUAAGAUGGCGCUGUUCGUUGACUGGUUGUUUUUCAACUACCAGUAUAACUCUAGCAUCAUAAGGCUGUGCUGCGGCCCCGAUGCAGGUGCCCAGUUUGCACUUGUGUUGUCCGGCAUGUACGUAUGCCGCAGGUUACUCGUGAAGGAGCUUGCCAAAUGCAUCUACGCCAUGACUAGGUCUGAUAUUGCAGACAACGAGCACUGCGCGCGUCUGGGCACAUUGCUUGGCGCAAGUGCCGUCCUUGGGUUUGCUUGUAACACUGCAGUCGACACUUUCAAACGCCUGAUUGACUAUCUGUUGAACGCUAUAUUGCAUUACCAUUCCGAGGUUGGAAUAGUUGCUGUCGGUGUCAUGUCGUCUAUAUUCUUGGUAUCGGUGCUUGACUUGCCAAAGACUGGAUAUACUUCCAUCAGUCUACAAAGGGCCUUGCGUACCACGUUGUUAGGGCGUAUGUGCACGGCGCUGGAUAUCUUUUUGGAAGGUACCGAGGUGCACAUAUCGCAAGUGGAGGAUCUGGAAACUGUAUACUUGAUGCAGCCCAAAUCUAAACUUGAGCCGCUUAACGACACGUACACUAUGGUGGCAGCCGUUAACGAAACGCGUACCCAGGGGUGUUAUGACAGUAUGCUCAAAGAUAUACUGUUACAGUGCUAUGCCAUGGUACUUGAGUAUGUGAUCAACUGGGAUUCCCUACUUGCCGUGUACCAGGGUAACCACUUGACUUCAGAUACCCUACGGGCAAACUACGAGAUGCAGCAGAUUGAAGCUGCGCAGUGCCCACGCCUGUACACUAACGUCAGCAUGUUCAACUCAGAGGUUGAGUACGACAGCAUCCAGGAGUUUACCAGGCAAUCGGGUGAAAGUAGCGAUCUAAGCGAAAUGGUUAGCAGCAGCUCGUUAAGUGAUAUUAGCACUGACUUCGAGGACGACAUGAGUCCACAAGAUAUCGGUGAAAUCGCAAUUGAAAACCUAGCUUCAUGCGGUUGGGGCUUUAACAAACAGGCUCCUGUAGGUGAAAAUGCAGUGGACCUCGACCCCGGUAUGCAAAGCUCGGAACUUAGGCAAAUUGUGCAAGACUACGUCCACAGCUCAAUGGACGAUGUUAACAAGGAUUACGCACGUGAUAAGCUGUAUAUGUACCUAAAGCAAGGUCUACGCACGGGGCCGCCGAAUUAUUGUAUACUACUGGAUCCACUGUACUCCCUUAAAAUCGUACAUCCCCAGGGUGCACUUGAAUUCCCUUACCACGUGGCCAAUGCCAUUGAUGUAAUAGUGUCCUAUUUAAUGGAAACCGCACUGCAGUGUCUGGAGGAUGAUGUCAACAAAGGCGCCAGUGUGGACAGCAUCCUGUUCAAGGAGUGGGUAGUCCACAUAUUCAAUGUCUUUAUUAGACUUUUUGUAUCGCUCUAUUUAGCGGGUGAACUCGGAUUAUUGUGGGAGUUGCUGUACUACAUGGGCGCCCUGACCAACGCAGUUGAGCAGUGGAAUGGCGAUGAUGACGUGGGAUUCAAUCUGCGUAAACGAACGCUAGUUGCCACUACUCUAGUUGUAAACACACUGGACUCCAUUGCCUCCGUGCAGGGGACACACCGUGAUGCUGUAGUCGAACAUGCCAUAGGGCAUGUGGUACAAUGGCUGGAAUCUCAGUCGAGUGAAGAUAUAUCCAUUGUAAUGGGUGCUUUAGUGCCUCUGCGGUACACUCUGCAGGCAAUAUUCAAGAACUCAUACGAGCAUUUGGGUAGCCUGGCUGCCGUGUUCACGCUCAUGGUGACGCUAACACCGAUAUCCACUAUCUCAGUACUCCUGCCAAAGGGGUUCAACGUAUUCCGAAAUGGAUGGCUGGACUCCGUGGAUUCCAGUGCGUACCUGCAAAGUGUACUGGGCGGCCGUAUGGGCGGGCCCUUGCGCAAAAGACAGUGCUUCAUAUGCUGGCAGCUGGUAUGCCGCAUGUUCGAGCAGUGCUUCGCCACUGAUCGUAUGAAUGAAGUAUUAAACCGUGAUCGAGGGUUCCUGCAAGUAGCCAAACAGAGUCAUAACCAACGCAAUAUAGGGCGUGUACGGUACUUCACGGCGGAGGACACAGAACCUGAAGAGCGUGUGCCAGGGUGCCUCCUAGGGUCCACGAGUAGCCUAAGGAAUAACUUCAUGAAGUAUCAGCGUGGGUACACAUUUGAAAAUGAAUUGUUUAGUAACGAACGUAUAGGUACGAUAUCCGCGGGACUCCUGGAUGCCGUACGUGAAGGUGAAUUGAGUAUCAUGCAAAUAGCAAUAUUCUCGUCAUUUCCCAUACUGGUACACACAAUACCUACAGUCCCAGCGCUGUGCGACGUUGUGGACGCAGCGUCGCUACUGUGGAACCGUAAGCGCUACGAUACCGUAGCAGCACGCUUCAUGAGCGAUAUGCUAGCAGCACUCAUAUCAUCAUGGCUCACACGUUUUCCACACCUAAUUGGACAAUUCAAACACAGGUUUGAUCUGCUGCCCAAGGCCAUAGACCAACUUAUAUCGCGAUACACAAAUGCUGGCACAGUACAAUUCACCUUCAACAGUACAAUUGUAAAGGUGCGCGUGGAGCACCUGGCACUGCUAAAGGACUCACUAUGAAUACAGGAUAUAAUGUAGUAUUAAAUUGAUGACACUAGUU